UCUGCCUAAACUAUAAAUUACAGCAACAAAUUUUUAAUAUAAGAUACAAAUGACUAAAUCUAAUCUACACUCAAAAUCUGGCAACAAAGUGCUGAAUGACUUCAUCGUUGGAGGAGUGUCAGCAGCAAUUUCAAAGACAUGUGUAGCUCCUAUUGAAAGAGUCAAGAUAAUCCUGCAGGUGCAGGCCAAUACUAAGAAUCUCCCUGCUCAUAAGAAAUACGACGGCAUCAUAGACUGCUUUGUGAAGGUGACUCAGAAGCAAGGCUUUUGGUCCCUAUGGAGAGGCAAUCUGAUCAAUGUGAUGAGGUACUUCCCUACACAGGCACUAAACUUUGCUUGCAAGGAGAAGUUCAAGCAGUACCUCAACCCUUAUAAUAGGAAGGAAGAGCCGGUCAAGUUCUUUGCUGGCAAUGUGCUCUCUGGAAGUGCAGCAGGAGCUACAUCUCUCUGUGUAGUCUAUCCUCUUGAUUUUGCAAGGACAAGGCUUGCAGCUGAUUCUGGGAAAGAAGCUUCGAGAGAGUUUAUAGGGUUUGUUGACUGCUUGACCAAAAUUUUAAAAUCGGAUGGCCCAGUCGGGUUAUAUAGAGGACUCCCUAUCUCAUUGCUAGGUAUUGUCUUCUACAGAGGAGCUUACUUUGGUCUGUAUGACACAGGUCAUGCCUUCUUGUUUUCAUCUAGUAAGCAAGACAGCUUCUUCAAAAUGUGGGCCUUUGCACAAGUAACCACGACACUUGCUAAUCUGUUCUCAUACCCACUCGACACUGUCAGAAGAAGACUUAUGAUGCAGUCAGGGGAAGCCAACAAGGCUUACACAGGAACUAUGGACUGCUUCAACAAGAUAUAUCAGAAAGAAGGUCCGAGAGGUUUCUUCAAGGGAGGAGCUUCUAACAUUAUUCGUAGCACGGGUGGGGCACUUGUGCUCGUAUUUUACUCGAAGAUCCAAACUUAUAUGGAAUUAUAA